AGCUUCACGGUUAUUUUUAAACGCUAGUUUCUGUGUCAUGACUUUAGCUCCGAGUCGCGUUUUCAAACUCCAUAAUGCGGCGUUACAUUCGUGCACUAUUCUUGUGCACGGUGUUUGCCGUGUUUUCGGGCUUGUAUGUUUACAGUAAACUGCUUUACUCAGACGUGCCGGUCGGAGGAAACGGACUGAAGAGGGUUUUCAACCCACCGAGAGUACCCGGAGGCAGGCGAGGGACGGUGGACAAAACUGGGCCCCAAAACCCACAUUGGUUUAAUAGGUACAUAAUGCGUCAGCGUGGUCAGGGGGUGGCGCGUGGUGGCGGCGUUCACAGCACACCCGAACCUCCCAUGCACCUGGCCGUGGUGGCCUGCGGGGAGAGGCUGGAGGAGACCCUCACUAUGAUCAAGUCUGCGGUGCUUUUCAGCAUCAAACGCCUCUCCCUGCACAUAUUCGCUGAAGAUCAGCUGCACGCCAGCUUCAUGGAAGCCUUGGAGUCGUGGCCUGGUUUUAUUCGCUCCAGGUUCAACUACACUGUCUACUCCAUCAGCUUCCCCAGCGAGAACGCUGCCGAGUGGAAGAAACUCUUCAAACCCUGCGCUUCUCAGAGGCUCUUUUUACCUCUGAUCCUAAAAGACGUGGACUCGAUCGUGUAUGUCGAUUCAGACAUCCUCUUCCUGCAACCUGUAGACCGCCUGUGGGCGUUCCUGUCCAGGUUUAAUUCCUCCCAGCUGGCUGCUAUGGCCCCUGAGCACGAGGAGCCCCGUAUCGCCUGGUAUAACCGCUUCGCCCGCCACCCUUUCUACGGCAGGACGGGCAUCAACUCAGGGGUCAUGCUCAUGAACAUGACAAGGAUGAGGGACAUGUUCUUUAAGAAUGACAUGACGUUCGUGGGGCUGCGUUGGGAGGAGCUGCUGAUGCCUCUGCUUCAGAAAUACAAACUCAACAUAACCUGGGGAGACCAGGACCUUCUGAAUAUAAUUUUUCACCACAACCCUGAGUGCUUGCUGGAGUUUCCCUGCCAGUGGAAUUACCGUCCGGAUCAUUGUAUCUAUGGCAGUAACUGUGCGUCAGCUGAAGAAGACGGUAUUUACAUACUACAUGGAAACAGAGGAGUUUACCACGACCACAAGCAGCCAGCCUUCAAAGCUGUUUACGAGGCCAUACGAAAGUUCUCUUUUGGUGCAGACCUAGUGACUUCCCUGUUGGAUCCUCUCGAAGAGGAGCUGCUGAAGACAACACACACUUAUUGUGGAAAGUCCCACCAUCUCUUCACCAAGCGGCUGGCACACAGCCUGGCAAACACCAACAGGAAGGCUCCGCUUGGACGGUGACAGAAAUGGAUCACAAUGAUGGGACAGAGGCCAACAGGAGAGAGACUUCGCCUUAGUCUAACUUUGAAGAAAAGUUACAGUGGUAGUUGUUACUGGCCAUACACACUAUACAUACACAAGAAUCCAAUCCAAGCUGAAUCCUGCUGUUCAAAGCAGGAUCUUUCUACAGAUAUACAAAAUAUUCUGAGUUGUAAAUGUGUUUUUAGCUGGCACACUGUUCAAAAACAAUGAACAGAAGUUGUCCAAAGAUGCAUAGACUACUAAGUGGACAACUAAAGAGUGGAGCUUUUAGAUUAUCUUGGUGAACAGCUGCUUUAAGCUCUGUAAGACAGUUGGGAUUGUCUCAGAUUGAGGCUACGUCCACAAUAAUAAGUUUAAUAAUAACUUGAUGAAAACUCACAUGACAAUUCACGUACACUGGGCGUGCGAGUGCCAGUGUAAACAGGAAGCAGAUUGUCUACUCUGCUAACACAUGAGUAUAAGACAUAGCUUUAAUGUUUUGGCUUGAUACACUUGACAUGUUGUUACUGAUAAGACCAAAUGAAGAAGUGAACGUGGGUGUCUGUGCCACUGUUUUCAAAUUUCUCCGGUUCCACCCGUUCAGACACAACACAGUCCCGGAGUUCUAUACUAAAAUGUGGUCAGCAGCAUUUUCAAAAAUCUCCGUUUUAGGACUUAGAAAACACAGAAGUAGAGUGGAUGCUGGGCGUAAAUGUAGCAAAAGUAACCUGAGACUAGAAACUGCUAACCUGUUUCUAUUUCUCUGGAUAAGAGUCUGAUGUAAAUGCAUGACAUCGAGUGUAAACGCCAGUUGGCCUUGAAUUAUUGUAUGUAUUCCCCCCCGAGUGAUUUUAUUACAGAAUUUCACAGCAUUGUAUAUUUUAUGGAAACUUAAUUUUUGUUUUAAAACCAACAAGCAUCUCGUCUCUUCCAGGUAAUUUUCCCCUUUCAGUGCCUUUAGGUUACUGACUAUUUAUCAUGGUGCUAAUUAUCUGUAAAAGUUUGGAAGAGUAGCUCUUGACUUUCCAUAUUGGAGAUUUUAUUGAACCUUGUGAAACACUCUUAUUAAAAGAGACAAAUCAUAUCAGAACUGGACAAAGGCUUUCAGCAGGGCGCAUUUUUAGGGAUGUAUGCACUUUUUGAACCUUCAGAAACCACUUCAUCACCAACAAGAUGGGAGAGAAGUAAUUUCAGAGAACACCCAUGGAAAAAUUAUAAUCUCAGUGUAAAGUGAUUAAUUGAUUUCUGGAAUAGUUUUUCAUCUGGGAUUUUCCACAGUGGCGGGGGUUGAGCUUAUGAAACCUCUGUCAGAGUACUGUUCCUGAGUAAAUGUUUUAUUAUUGUUAUGUUAUUUUAUCUGUUACACAGGUAACAAAAUGGGGUGAUUCAUAUAGUGUGUUGCUCAAAGCAGGUGCGGGUCAUUUUUGUGUUGUAUAAUGUCCGUUUUACAGUUUUGUGAGGUCAGGUCAAGUGACUCCACACAAAAGUUUGUUUUUGUAAUGCAGAAAAAUUGCUAUUGAACAUGUGAAUAAGCUACAAGUCCGUCUCCUGAUGCCAAAACAUUUCAAUUUAUUACUUUUAAUUAUUGGUUUUGCACCAUUGAAUGUAUUUUAUUUUUU